AUGGCGCCUCGCCAUAGGCCCGCUAAUCAACCGGCACAACAGAAUCAGGGAUUUCUGGAUGCCAUGUAUGUUGCCUUUCAAGGCAUGGCCACAAGAGCUCAAAACAAGCGGCCGGUUGAGGAUAGGAAGCAAGGGUACUUCCGAAAAUUUAGGCGAGUUCCAGAUGAAUACUGGGUGGAAUUUGCUUUAUACAAGAUGGAGGGUUUAGCAAAUACUUGGUGGAAACAGGUCAAGAGAAGAAUAGAUGUUACAGGACUGACCUGGGAGCAAUUUGAGACACUGUUCAAUGAGCAGUACUUCCCUCAGAGUUAUAGGGAGGAAAAAGCGCUAGAAUUCAUGUCUCUGCUACAAGGUGACAUGUCUGUAAGGGAGUAUGAGGUCAAGUUUAAUGACCUGUCCCAGUUCGCACCAUCUUUGGUGGAAUCUGAACAACUUAGAUGUCUUAAGUUUGAGAAAGGCCUCAAGAACUCUGUGAGGAGACCAUUGGUGGCUUUGAGAAUCCGGAAUUUCCAAUAUAUGGUGGCUGCUACUACUAGGGUGAAGCAAGAUAACAUAGCUUAUCACCAGAGUAAAGAACAAGUUGGAAGAGUUUCAGUUUCUGGGGGACCAUCUGUUUCCGGCAGACCACAGCGGAGUGGUAGAAGGAACCGCAACCAGGGACAGCCUGGUGGGGGAGUGGUUAGCGGUGGCAGUAGUUCGUCAGGAAGUGACAGAAGUGCUCCAUACAGGCCCAAGUGUCACCAUUGUGGGCAGGAGAAUGACUUUGAUGACUAA